AUGAGCCCUUCUGAAUCUCAGAUCCCAGCGAGAGCCUCCAGCGACCCUUAUUUCAAUUUAGGGACGUUUGGGCGCAAGGUUAGUACCAAUUGUGAGGAAGCCCAGAUAUGGUUCAAUCGAGGACUGGUUUGGACGUAUUGCUUCAAUCACGAUGAGGCUAUCACUUGUUACAGACAGGCAAUUGCUCAUGACGAGAACUGUGCUAUGGCUUAUUGGGGCAUAUCAUUCUGUUCCGGUUCAAACUAUAACAAGACAUGGGCAUUAUUUGACGAAAAAGAUCGUAUCAACGCGAUUGAGCAGUGUUACAUAUUUUCCCAAGAAGCGCUGAACCGGGCAUCAAAUGCCUCCGAUUGGGAAAGGGCCCUUAUCAUAGCUCUUGCAACACGGUACCCGAACGAUGAUCCAAAGCGAGAUCUUCUUGCAUGUAGCAAGGCAUAUGCUGAGUCUAUGAGAGAGGUAUACACAACCUUUGGUCAUCAAGAUUUUGAUAUCAUCACGCUAUUUGCUGAUGCUUUGAUGAAUUGUGCUCCACGAAAAUUAUACGACGCCUCGACGGGACUACCAAUAGCAUCUUCUCCGGUUUUUGAAGUGAAAGCACUGCUCGAACGGGCAUUGAAAAUGCCGGGAGUCGAAAGACAUCCAGGUCCCGCGCAUAUGUACAUCCACUUGAUGGAAAUGUCAGCAACUCCUGAGGCUUCUCUGCCUGCAGCUGAGAUGAUCCGCGAAAUAUUCCCUGAUACUGGCCAUACAUUUCAUAUGCCUGCACAUAUUGAUGUUCUCGUUGGUGAUUACCGACGUGCUGUGGAAUAUAAUUUGAAAGCAACCAUUGCCGAUGAUAAAUACUUCCAACAGAAUGGCGGGUUGACAUUCUACAGCUAUUAUCGCCUGCACGACUACCAUUCCCUUAUCUACGCCGCAAUGCUGGGUGGCAAAUCAAAGGCAGCAUUGUCAGCAACAGAUCGGAUGGAAGCUACUAUCACGGAAGAGAUCUUGCGGGUCGAGAUGCCCGCACUUGCAAACUGGAUGGAAUUUUUCAAGGCCGUCAGAGUUCAUGUGCUGAUUCGCUUCGGAAUGUGGGAAGAGCUCAAGAAACUCAAACCGCUGGAAGAUAAAGAGCUUUACUGUGUGACAAAUGUUAUGAGACACUAUGGGAAGGGAAUUGCUUUUGCAGCGACAUCGCAGCUGGAAGACGCUGAUAGAGAGCGAGAGCUAUUCAAAGAAGCAGCUAAACAUGUUCCGCCUACACGGCUCGACUUUCCCAACAAAAUCACCGAUAUACUCAAAGUAGCAUCUGCAAUGCUGGAUGGAGAAAUUGAGUAUAGAAGAGGUAAUUACGAGACUGCCUUCCGCCGAUUACGGGAUGCAAUUGUCUUGGAGGAUGACUUGCCUUUCGCAGAGCCAUGGGGGUGGAUGCUUCCUGCGCGGCAUGCAUAUGCAGCGCUCUCUUUGGAGCAGGGAGAAAUUGAGCAAGCUGCCCUUGCCUAUGCGGAGGAUUUGGGGCUCUAUCCUACGCCAAAACGUGCCCAUCAACAUCCAAACAACGUCUGGGCGCUUCAUGGCUACCAUGAAUGUCUUCAAAUUUUGGGUCGCCAUGCAGAGGCAAAUAUAAUCCAGAAACAAUUGUCCCUCGCACUCGUGGAGGCAGAUGUUGAAAUCACAUCUUCAUGUUUCUGUCGGCUCGGCAACCUUCCUUCAUGCAAAGUACGAGCCAAAAUGAACGGAUGCCACCACGGGCAGUCCGCGUGUCAAAAGUAA